GUACAAGUAAAGAAGAUAAAGAAGUUUUAAGUUGACCAGUCAACCACAAAACUGCUGGGGCACCACCAUACCCACGAUUUAUGGCUAUGGAGGCUCUGAAAUCCGCCGCGGUGGUGCCGCCGCCGCCGCCGUCUCUCCCGUGCGCCGACGCGCAGGGCUUGAUCAAGAGGAAGCGCUCCAAGCGUCCUCGCUGCGAGUCCACGCUGCCGUACUCCGAGGAGGAGAAGUACUUGGCCCUGUGUCUGAUCAUGCUCGCCAAAGGCGAGGAGGAGCCUAGUCGCCGCCGUGAGAUCCCGUCCCCGCCGGCUGAAGGUUUGGAUUGUAAUAAGGAUGAGGAGAUGGAGGCGGAGAAGAAGGAGGUCGUGCUGAUUUCGCCUCCUCCUCCGCCGCCGCCGCAGCAGCAGGAACGCCAGGAAGAGCAGUCUUAUAAGUGCUCGGUGUGUAAUAAGGCGUUUCACUCUUAUCAGGCGCUUGGAGGCCACAAGGCAAGCCACCGCAAGCACGCUCCCGCCGCCGCAUCUGAGGACAACAACCCGUCUACAUCGAAUUCCGCCGCGGCGGCGGCUCUCAACCCGAGCGGGAAGGCCCACGAGUGCAAAAUCUGCGGCGUAUCCUACCCGACGGGCCAGGCUUUGGGCGGGCACAAGCGCCGCCACUACGAGGGGAAUCUCGGAGGCGGAAACCGCGACGGCGGCGCACCCAGCGGAAGCGCGUUGACCAACUCCCAAGGCGGCGCAUCGGGCCACGCGCCGCUCGACUUCGAUCUGAACCAACUUCCUGCGGCGGCGACCGAAUUGCAACUGGGCCUCACCGUGGACUGCCCGAUGAUGAACAAUCAACUUCCCGGCGAACAAGAGGCAGAGAGUCCCAUGCCGUCGAAGAAACCGCGCCUAUCAUUCCCGAUCGACUGGGAAUCCGAUCAGUGAAUCCUCAAUUUCAAUUCCCCCAAAACAAAUUCCGAUCAUCCAAUAUAAUCCCCAUACUACUAUACAGAUACUGUGCUUAAUUUCAACAUCUACAAUUAAUUAGCAAACCCUAAUUAGUACCUCUGCGGUGUACAGAGAGUGAAAUUAGUAGUCAUUUGAUUUAGAAAGAAACUCUCUUUGUUCAAUUCAAACCAUUCAUUCAUUGCUGCUUCUCCAUCAUUCAAAUUAACAUCUCUUUGUUUUCUUUUCUCUUUAUUUUUAUUAAAUUAUUUGUUGUGAU